AUGUGGUCUCAGUUGCUACUUUCAGCAUCGUUGGAGAUUCCAGAGCGGGUACAAGUUGGGAUUGAUGCAAGUGGUGGAAUUGAUAGUGAGGAGCCUGGGCCAGAUGUGAUAAUUGUCCUGAUUCGCACGUGUCAGUUAUCGGCAGCUACUGAACUUUUCCUACCAAAAUUCAUACCUACUGCUUUCCUAUCAGAUAUAUCUCUCAACUUCCUCUUCAAUUCAAAUGAAUCCUACUGCCCCUAUGGAACGCUAAGUUCUACGGAACUAAUGCCACAGAUCGAUACGGCAAUUCGUGGUCUCUGGAAUGAUAAGAUAGCACAGCUAGCACCAAUUCUAGGAAAGAUUGGGUACUUGGAAAGUAUUAGCCAGAACUCCGAGUACAUCACUGUUAUCAGCGACGCAAUCACAAAUAUCGGCGCAAAGAGUCACAAUAAGUCGCUAACAAGGUCCAUUGAAGAGCUGGGCGGUAAUGGUGGGACAGAAAGAAAAUUGUGGGGGUGUUUAUUGAGGAUUUCAGAUGAGAACAAAGGAAGGGCGAGAGGUAUCUUAAAAAGCUUGAUUAAUAUUGAAGGGGAUCUAAUAGCCAGCAAGACUACGUGUAAUAGCGAGGAGCAGGACGUCUUAUUUCUACCCGAGGAAGAUUUUGAGGAGGAUCAAAAGGAGGAACUAUUUUUUGAUGAUAUCUCUGCGGACGAAAAUAGCUUUUUCUCAUGGGAUGAAAAAAGCGAAUGCGGCGGGGGAGGCAAAAGUGACAGUUUGUUUGGUUGGGAAGACGAGGAUGACUCCUCAUUGUUUGAGACCCCCAGAAGCCCACUCAUGGACCUAGGACUCUUUACAAACGAAAAUGAGCCCCCUUCCCUUGAAAGUUAUGAGCCUGAAUCUUUAUUUGCAUUCGAGACAUCUGUCGAGAAUGUGGGGGACGAGGAUAUGAUAUGGAUUUAA